UGGACCAGUUGGAAGUAUGGAGCGAGCAUUAUAUUCGUAAUGAAUGAACGGAUUAACAGGUACUUCGAUAAUAGAAACAUGGGGAUGAAUAUCAACAGAAUCUUAUCUUCCCUACACUAUCUAUAUUAUUACACUGAUUUUCACUCAAUGGAGGAUUUUCUUUUUCUGAUGGGAUUCAAAUUUAGAGAAGUAAUGAUGAUUUUACUACAAGGCUGUUUUUCUCACAAUCUUCAAUUUCGGGAAUGCACCGAGAAAGUUUCAUGUUACACUUGCCAAUUAAAUUCAAAUAAUGGAGUUUUUUAUGAAACUUCACUCUUGAUCUUUUGCGUUCUCGGUGUAAUUUUCAACUGGAUGUCAUUGCUGGUAUUAGUGAAUAAAGAGCAAAGAUUGGCUAUUUUCACUUAUUUAACAGUUUAUACCUCUACGGAUUUGGUCCACACCAUUAUACUAUCAGCUUAUGUUGUAGUUGAGAUGUAUUUUGAAUGGACAAUGUUAUUCAGACUAGUGAAUUUGUUGUAUAUUUUUUGUACUGAGGUGUUGAAUACAGUGCGAAUAAUAGCGAUGCUUUCCAUCACUAUUGACCGAAUAAUUCAUCUGGAGAUGAUUCUUAAGCUUUGUAAUACGCAGAGACCGAGUUCAAGAAUUCGAGCUAGAUUGGUGAUGAUUGUUAGCUUCGUAUUGUGCAUUGGCGCCAAUUUGCCAAAUUUAUUGGUAUACAAAUGUCAGGAUGUCUUUUUGGACCCCAAUUUCGAUUUUCUACAAUCACAAUUUUAUUAUUCCUACAAUUGGAUAUAUUUUCCUAUAUUUUAUCUCAUACCUUGUACUCUGCUCAUAAUUGGAAAUAUUCGGUUGGUGAUUUUGCUCAGGCGUGCUCUGAAGAAGGAACAUAUCAAUGCUAAAAAAGGGAGAAGGAAAAACUUCAAUCUCACCAUUACAGCUACAGUGAUCAUCGUGCUCUUCGUUCUGGUCCAAAUCCCUGGAUAUCUAACUGAAAGGCCCCACCUGAUGAGCAUGACACCACACGAAUUCAACAACGAAGUGAAAGAGGUCACGGAUGACAUAAUCAAGAUUUACCGAUUUAUCCCUGCAAUGAAUAGCUUCGCGAAUUUUUUCAUAUACAUUCUAUUGUGUCCGCCGUUCAGAAGGACCCUGGUGAAAAAUUUGAUGGAUCGUAGGAGGAAAUGUUGUAUUGGGUCAAGUAGGUCGAGUGCAAGAGCAUCUCGAGCCUGUGGGAGAAGAUGUAGUGUGGUCCAAUCUUGAAA